AUGGACCUCAGCUACAUCUGUGUAAAGAAGAUGGUUUCCCUCAAUGCAUUGGCAAUUACUAGAGAUCAAUCCAAGGUUCAUGUGCCAGUUAGGUGGAGAAUGUUGUGGAGAAAAAUAAAGAAAGAGAAGAAGAGGUUGCUAUUUGAUUGUUCAACCAGUGCUCAACAAGUCCAUGUUCCUUAUGAUCCUUACACGUAUUCGAAGAAUUUCGAUCAGGGUUUGAUGUGGGCAGACCCCGAUUUCCUCUCUCGAUCUUUCUCAGCUAGGUUUGCUGUUCCAUCUAGGGCUUUCCAUCAGACUCAGAGUGUAGGCAGCUGA